AUGGCGUCCAAUACCAAACCCGGUGAGAACAUUCUAUGGGGAGGUCGCUUCACCGGUACGUGUAAUACCUUGUAUUCGUUGUUUAUUAUCGCGGCCUUGACCCCCUUCAUGGUGGCUUACAACGAGAGUAUCCACUUUGAUAAGAAGCUCUACAAGCAAGACAUCUUGGAAGAUGAGUUCAACAAGAUUGAGAAGGGCCUCCAGGCUGUUAUGAAAGAGUGGGAUAAUGACUCGUUUGUCAUUGUACCUGGCGUAGAUGAGGACAUACACACUGCCAACGAGCGCCGCCUAGGCGAGAUUAUCGGCAAAGACGUGGCCGGUAAGCUCCACACUGGGCGUAGCCGCAACGAGCAGGUCGCAUGCGACAUGCUCGCUGCCGACCGCGCCGAAAGUGAGGUUGAUCACGUCAUGCCCGGCUACACACACCUGCAACGUGCCCAGCCCAUCCAGAGACUGCGUGAGGUCGUCAAGCGCGUCAACAAGAGCGCCCUAGGAUGCGGCGUCCUUGCCGGCAACCCGUUCAACAUCGACCGUGAUAUGAUGGCCGCGGAGCUGGGCUUCGAGGGGCUGCUGUGGAACUCGAUGGGCGGAGUAGCGGAUAGAGACUUCGUAGCAGAGACCCUGCAGUGGGCGUCGAUGCUCAUGCAGCACGUGUCGCGAUGGGCUGAGGACUUGAUUAUUUACUCAACCGCCGAAUUUGGUUUCGUGCGGCUAGCCGAUGCGUACUCGACCGCUUGGAGACUGCGGGGUAAGAGUGGCCGUGUGUUCGGCCAGAUGGCUGGGUUCAUGAUGACCCUUAAGGGUCUGCCUAGCACGUACAACAAGGACCUACAGGAGAGCUGGGAGGCCAUGCUGGACACGGUCAAGACGGUUAGCGACAGCAUGCAGAUCGCGACGGGCGUGCUGGCCACACUCGCCAUCAAGCCCGAGAAGAUGCAAGCCGCUCUCGACCCCUUUAUGCUCGCUACCGACAUUGCCGACUACCUCGUCCGCAAGGGCGUACCAUUCUGCGAGACACACCACAUCUCGGGCCGCGUAGUCGCCCUAUCCGAGCAAACCGAUACUCCCAUGAACGAGCUCACAUACGACCAGCUCAAAUCGGUCGACGCCCGUUUCGAGAAGGAUAUCGCCGAGUCUUUUGACUACGAGCGCAGCGUCGAGAUGCGAUCUGCCAAGGGCGGUACUAGCAAGGAAUGCGUUCUAGAGCAGAUCAAGGUCUUGAGACAAAUUCUUAAUGCUUAA